CUCAUUGGUUGCAGCUGGGCCAUGGUGUUUGCUGCUGGAGGCUUCAAAGUGAAACUUUAUGAUAUUGCACAACAACAGCUAACAAGUGCACUGGAAAACAUUCGCAAACAAAUGAAAGAGCUGGAGGAGUCGGGAUUCCUGAAAGGAGCUUUGAGUGUGGAGCAGCAGCUGGCUCUCAUUAGCAUCUGUACAGACCUGAGGGCAGCAGUAGAGGGUGCUACUUUCAUUCAGGAAUGUGCUCCGGAGAACCUGGAACUGAAAAAGAAGAUUUUCAGUCAGUUAGAUCUUAUUGUUGGUGACAAUGUUAUCUUGAGCAGCUCGACCUCUUGUCUCUUACCCAGCAAAUUGUUCACUGGCCUUAAACAUGUUAAGCAGUGUAUUGUGUCGCAUCCUGUAAAUCCACCUUACUUUGUGCCGUUGGUUGAAAUUGUUCCUCAUCCAGAAACAGAUCCUUCUACUACAGAGAGAACAUAUGCUCUGAUGAAGACCAUUGGUCAAUCUCCUGUCAAACUAAACAGAGAAAUUGAGGGGUUUGUUCUGAAUCGGCUCCAGUAUGCAGUGAUAAGUGAAGCCUGGAGACUUGUGGGUGAAGGACUAAUAUCUCCUACUGAUCUAGACCUUGUAAUGUCUGAUGGAUUGGGAAUGCGAUAUGCAUUUAUUGGACCUCUGGAGACCAUGCAUCUUAAUGCAGAAGGUAUUUCAAAUUAUUGUGAAAGAUACCGUGAAGGUAUGAGACUUGUUCUGAACACCUUUGGACCAGUUCCAGAAUUUUCAGGUGAAAUUGAGCAGAAAAUCAGUCAGGCAAUGUCUGAAAAAGUUCCGGUUGUUCCAAAAGUCCUGGAUGCCAGAAGAAAACGGAGAGAUGAAUAUCUCACUGGUCUUGCCAAACUGAAAAAACAAAUGAAAUCUGAUUGA